CAAAAUUUCGCGGGAAACCGAAAUACAUAAAAUGGAACCCUAAUUUGAGCAUUUUUUUUUUGCAAAUUCAGAAUUCUUCAAUCAAAUCAAAGCAAUGCAAUCGAAAAUAAACUCAUUCUUCAAGCCCAAUUCUUCUCCGGCGUUGCAAAAUCAAGCCACAGAUCUCUUCGACAAUCCAUCCGAUGAAGAAGAAGAAGACUUCACCAGAGAACCUGAAGUUCCGAUUAUAUACACUCGAAGACCCCCAAAAACAGAGAGCGGGGAGAAUGAUGAUGGAAUUGAAGAGAAAAAGAUGAUGAAUUGCAAAAGGGUUUUGAAUAAGAAAAGAAAGUAUGCACAGUUUCAUCUGGAUUUGGGUCAGUCUGAUUUUAUGUUUCGGAAUUGUAAGAUUUGUGGGAUGAAGUUUGUGCCUGGGGAUGAAGAUGAUGAGAGGCUGCAUAAAGAGUUUCAUAAGAGUUAUACUCAUGGUAUUGGCUUCAAGGGCUGGCGUAAUGAAAGAGUGAUUGAUACACACUCGUCACAAAACGGGCGUGUUAUUUUAGUACAGAAUGAUGAUCCUCCUGCUCAUAUUAAAAAGGUUGAGGAGGUUAUUAAGAUGAUGGAGAUGGAGCUUGGUGACGGAUGGAUCUUUCAUAAAGACUGUAAGGUUUAUCUUUAUAUUUCCUCGCAUAGAGUUGCUGGCUGUCUAGUUGCAGAGCCAAUAAAAAAGGCAUAUCGGUUAAUUUCAAACUUAGACGAAAAAGAUGACAUAAGCAUGACAAAGAAGGAGGGUAAGUUGACUUCAACGACCCUCCGAUUCGGUAGCAUUAGUUUCCAAAGAGAAAUCGCUAGGAAAAACCCGUCAACUAAGAACGAAAGAGAAUCAGAAAACGCUCUUCUUGGUGCCAUCAUAUGCGAAAAAGACGCUGUGCCAGCUGUAUGUGGCAUCCGUGCAAUUUGGGUCACACCGUCCAAUAGAAGAAAGCAUGUUGCCACUCAUUUACUAGAGGCCACAAGGAAAAGUUUCUGCUCGGGUUUGAUUCUUGAAAACGGUCAAUUAGCAUUCUCUCAGCCAACUAAUGCAGGGAAGUUGUUAGCAACCAGUUACACUAACACUAAAUCUUUCUUGAUCUACACUACAAAUUCGGUGUAAGCCAUUGAACUACAAGAAUUAUGAAUUUAUUGCUUGCACAUUGUAUCGAGAAACAUUGUUUUUUGGUCAAACUUCAUUGAUAAUGUGAUGUUUAUUUAAAAAUGUAAAAGAAAAGUUACUGUGUGCGAA